GGGAGGUUUCACUUUCCAUUCUAUAACCGAACCCUAGAAAUCCUGCUUAAAAAGUCCUUGGGAAAUCAGGGCUGUUGGUCCAGGCGAGGUCUUCAACAAAGUGUCCUUUUUUCUAGCGAUAUUUCUUUGUUUUUUGGGAUCGGGCUUUAAUCAUGAAUGAAUCGAUGUCCGCUGGUGCUCGUGUGGGAGAAGAGGACGUGGAGUACGAGAGUGAUCCGGAGGAGGCGAAGCUGUCGCUGAAGAUGCGAAGGAGAGAGGCGAGCGAUGAUGAAGAGGAGAGCUGUGAAGAAAGCGAGAAACAGAUUCCUCCGCGGAGGAUUGAUUCCGACGGGGAGUCUGACAGACAAGGCGGUUUUGCUGACUUUGAAGAAGAAGAGGAAGAUGGAGAAGAAGGUGAGGAUGGGUUGGAGUACUUUGAAGAGUACGGGGUGGAGUAUGUGGAGGAGGGAAAAGAGUACGUGGAUGGAGGUUUGCCAGCAAGUGUAGAAGUUGAUGAUGAGGCUCAGACAGAGCCUGUGGUAGCACUGGGUGGCCCUGAAGUGAUCGGGGAAGGACUGGCUGUAGAGGCUAUACAUAAGGGAUUGGAUGGUGAGGAUGGUGGUCACCUGCAGGCAAAAUUGGUGGAGAAGAAGGAGCAUGAACCAUAUGCUGUGCCAACUGCUGGAGCAUUUUAUAUGCACGAUGAUAGGUUUGGGGACAAUGCACGUGGGAGGCAAAGGUGGGCGUUUGGUGUAAGAAAGUUAUGGGAGUGUAAAGAUGAUUUAAAAUGGGGGCAUGACAAGUUCGAGGAGCUGACCAUGGAGGAUAGACGUCAUGAUGGGGGAAGGAGGAAUUCCAGAGGUCAUUACAGAGGUCGUGGUAAACAAAGAGGGGCAGAUCCGGCAUAUCCACGUGGAAGGAGGCCUAGAGCAUAUGGUAAUGAAAACAAUUAUAAUAGUGAGAGCAGAGUAUAUGCUAAUAACCAGAAAUUUCAGAAUACUGCACCAAGAGGAAUAAGGGGGCAGUGGCCUAGAAGAUAUCGCCCAACCUUUAAAGCCAACGAAGAUGCACCACCCCAAAGCAAACACCCUGGUAUGUCUGCUGAGACACCUUCUCAGGCCCGCUCCCGGAAUGAACUUUUACUUGAUGCAUCAAAUGUAGAAGUGGUGGAUCCAGAACCAACUUCCAAACAAGGGUUUGUAUCAAGCCUGAGUUAUGCUUCUCCUCCAUUUUAUCCCUCAAAUGCCAAAGAUAUGAACACAACACAUGCAAGAGACUUGCAAUCCGGAUCAAACAGUCGGAAUGAUACUCAAUCUUUUCGUGUGAGAUCUUCUCCAUUUCAAUCUAGCUCAAUAUUGAGAGGGAAGAAUGUGACUGAAGCUAUUGCUGUCAACAAGAUUAGUAUUGAUGGUGCAGUUCCUUUAGUUGCUGGAAAGCCUUCAACAACAAUGCAGUUGGUUGAAUGCUCCUCAUUUCCCAAGUCCAUUCCACCAAGGGUGCAAGGGAGAGCAAUAACUACAAACUCCCUGAUGAAUUUUCAACCAACUGUCCAAAAUAGCCAAGUGGACAGGGGCUCACUUUCAAAUGAUCUCGAAUCUAUGCAGAAAAAGUAUGUUCAUAGCAGGGGACAACCUUUUGUGCAAGCUACAGGGAAGCAAUACAACCAUCAUCAUGGUGCUGGAUCUCAAGCUUCAUCCCCACCUAAAAAUGACCAACCUGUAAACGUUGUCGAAACCACAGAGAUUGAUAUACCUUCAGAUUCCAGCAAGAUAAAUAAUGCUGUAACAAAAGGAAAAGGAAGUAUGAACCCCAGUGGAAAAGGGUCGAUUGUCUAUGCUGGAACUCAGGUUAUGGGUGGACCUGGAAACACUGGAAGCACGCAUGGUGAUCAAAGUUUCUCUGCAACUCCAGCCUUUUUACCUGUCAUGCAAUUAGGUGGACAGCACCCGGGUGGUAUGGGAGUUCCUGCUGUUGGCAUGGCAUUUCCAGGCUAUAUGGCCCAGCCACAACUUGGAUUAGGGAGUUCGGAGAUGACCUGGCUACCUGUUUUAGCUGGUGCAGCUGGAGCAUUAGGGGCUCAAUAUUGCUCCCCUUACAUUGCUGUUGAUGGUGCCUAUCAUGGUCGCCCACCUGGGCAGAUUUCUUCCCUCACUGCUUCUUUAAGUAUGGAGAACAAUAACACCAAAAACACCAAUGAAGGUAUGCCCUCACAAAAGCCUGAAUUAGGAAGUGAUGACAUUGGGCAACGGCAGAAAAAUCCUCGCAGAUAUACAGAGAUGAAAUUUGACCAAUGAAGUAGCUGUGUACGUUGAUUGUUGAGCUUGUCUGAAUAUGCCGGUUUACAUGACAAAAUACCUCAUACUGCUACUCACUUGAAGAGAUUGACUGCAGCUUGAUGGAUGGCAGUUCUCUACUGAAUAUGUUGGUAUGUAUUAUUGACAUGCCGAUUAUGGUCUUGAAUAUGUUGAUAGACACAGUUCAUUAGUUUCUCAUUAUUUGAAUAAGUUGAUAUGUAAUAUUGAUGAUGACCUUGCUGUUUAUACAUCUUUGGUGAAACACAGUACAUAAAUGUACCAUUUUCCCAGGUUUUUUGGCUUGCUAUUCUUUGAAUGAAGCUCUGAGAAUUGUUAUUUCUUUACUUCUCCGAGAAGAUGAUGGUAUGAAGUGGCGAAGAACAAGGUGUACUGUGUUUGCUGAAGUUUCUUAUGUUAAUGCUGAUUUCAUGUUUCUUCUGCUUUUUCCCAGUAUAUGGUUCUGCUCACAAAUUGCGUUGAAAUGGUUCAAGUCAAUGUUUACCUUAUGAGAAUUGCCUUUGUUUUGUACUUGAAGGAAAUAUUUCUUUAGUCUGCUUUGUAAUGUGAUAUUUUGGGCAUAAUAAAAUGACAAUGCUCCUACUAUAUACGUAGUAUAUACUGCUGGUUAAGUACUGUCAUUAGCUGUUUUCAAUAAUAAAAGAGCCAGUUACAGCCCAGUUUGCAUCAUACUUCUAUUGCUAUUUGAAACGUCACAUAUUCGUGACGGUUGUAUUUAGGUGUAGACUCCUUUACCUGUCCGGAAUGCUUAAUUGACC